GGCCAGCAACUGACUAUGUUGGCUGGGAGAUUCUGGCUGCUGAAGGGAAAAAUAAAACAGCAUUUCCAAGCUUUUCUGAAACAAGUUGGGAGACUGAGGAGGAAAUACAAUGGCUUCGCUAAGGAAACUUCUAUUUUGGAAGAAUACCACAUUAACUGGACUCAGAAACUGGGAGCUGGAAUCAGUGGUCCAGUAAGGGUCUGCAUGAAAAAAUCGUCUCAAGAACGGUUUGCACUGAAAAUCCUUCUUGAUCGCCCCAAAGCUAGAAAUGAGGUCCGGCUUCACAUGAUGUGUGCCAUGCAUCCCAAUAUUGUUCAGAUUGUUGAAGUCUAUGCUAACAGUGUGCAGUUCCCUCAUGAAUCCAGUCCAAGGGCUCGGCUCCUAAUUGUAAUGGAGAUGAUGGAAGGGGGCGAACUGUUUCACAGAAUCAGCCAACACCGGCACUUUACUGAGAAGCAAGCAAGCCAAGUAACAAAGCAGAUAGCUUUGGCCUUGCAACACUGUCAUUCUUUGAACAUUGCACAUCGAGAUCUCAAGCCUGAGAACCUUCUUUUCAAGGAUAAUUCUUUGGAUGCUCCAGUGAAACUCUGUGACUUCGGAUUUGCCAAGGUGGACCAGGGAGACCUGAUGACGCCACAGUUCACUCCUUAUUACGUGGCACCUCAGGUAUUAGAGGCCCAAAGAAGGCAUCAGAAAGAGAAGUCUGGAAUCAUCCCUACCUCACCAACACCCUACACAUAUAAUAAGAGCUGUGACCUAUGGUCCUUGGGAGUCAUUAUAUAUGUGAUGCUGUGUGGCUACCCACCUUUUUACUCAAAGCACCAUAGUCGGACAAUUCCCAAGGACAUGCGGAAAAAGAUCAUGACUGGGAGCUUUGAAUUUCCAGAAGAAGAAUGGAGCCAGAUCUCUGAAAUGGCAAAAGACAUUGUUCGCAAGCUACUGAAGGUCAAGCCAGAGGAGAGACUGACAAUUGAAGGUGUUCUGGACCACCCUUGGCUGAACUCCACAGAAGCUCUCGAUAACAUCUUGCCCUCUGCGCAGUUAAUGAUGGACAAGGCAAUGGUUGCUGGGAUCCAACAGGCACAUGCAGAGCAGCUGGCCAACAUGAGGAUCCAGGACCUCAAAGUCAGCCUGAAGCCCCUCCAUUCAGUUAACAACCCAAUCCUACGCAAGAGGAAAUUGCUGGGAACGAAGCCAAAGGACAGUGUGUUCAUCCACGAUCCUGAGAACAGCAGCGGGGACUCAAAUGUGGCUCUCGAAAAGCUCCGCGACGUGAUCGCCCAGUGCAUCCUGCCACAGGCUGGUAAAGGUGAGAACGAAGAUGAGAAACUGAAUGAAGUGGUGCAGGAAGCAUGGAAGUAUAACAGGGAGUGUAAAUUAUUACGAGAUAACCUCCAGACCUUUAGCUGGAAUGGCAGAGGAUUCACGGACAAAGUAGACCGGCUAAAAUUGGCAGAGAUAGUGAAACAAGUCAUUGAAGAACAGACAAACUCACAUGACUCUCAAUAGCUGGAGGUGGUUAUUCUUAACAGUAAAAAUACCCCAGUUAUUUUUAACCAGUUGAGAAUUUUCCUUUAAAAUGUAAAAAAAGAAGUAUUUUUUAUGUAAAUUAAUAAAUCAUGAUUAUUUCAUUAAAUUUCCACACAGCUUGAAAAAUGCUGUAUAGAUGUAGAUAACAAGAAUCACUGGUACUGUAAUAUUUUUUAAAAACUCAGUUCCUCAAUAUGUGAAUAUAUAUAUAUAUAUAUUCAUAUAUAUAUAUAUAUGAAUAUAUUUAUGCAUAUAUAUAUUCAUAUGUGUGUGUAUAUAUAUAUGAACAUAUAUAAAUAUAAAUGAAUAUAUAUAUAGAUAUAUAUAAAUGAUUUUUAUGUAUCGUUUAAUUCAUGAUUCUGUUAAACUGGGCAAAUUAAUAUUGUGCUCUCUUCCAUAACCAGAUACUGUAGUCCCCUUCCAGCUGCCUGUAUUGAAUGGCAACAGCCUAUAUCAGUUAAUGAUGUUCUACUUCUAUUCUUUGCAUACAGCUCAAUCAGUUACUUGAAGUAAGAACUGAGGGGUGUGAACCGCACGGUUCUCCUUCAUAACCUUCUUCCAAGGCAGCCCAUUUAGCAGUGACAUAGUGGGCUCUACAUCCUGUAUGUCUCAGGUCUUUCAGCCUUCCAUUGCAAGCCAUUUCUCCUUCUUUCCACUAUGAGGAUAGAAAACUCUCCUCUAGUCUGGACAUCAUCAUCCCCCCCCCCCCCGGCCGCGCUUUUGUGUUUGUUUCUUUUACAGUUUCUGUUCACAAAGAUUUGUACAUAGCUCUAGUUUUCUAUCUUGCAACAGUUUUGCUUUUCAAGACUGGGCUGAGGGCAGUUUUUAUACAGUUCGUUUGGUAGUAUCACUCCUGUAUAGCCACUGAAAUGGCCGUUUUGAGGCUGACCUGGGGUUUGUGGACUCCCUCCUCCCACCUGGGCUCACUACUCAUGGAGUGGUUUACACAUGGCUUCCUAAGCUGUCUUAUCUCAUGUAAUCUCUGUGAUCCAUUAUCUUUGGUUCUUCCUAGCCCAUGGGUCACUCUCCGUCUUUCAUCAGUCUUUCUUGGAAGCUAGAACCCUAACCUUUGCCUGUCUGGAGAAUGUGGCAACGUUGUCUCUUGCUUGGUCCUUUCCAGUUGUACUGACUUCUGGUCGUGAGUACUGGUAGCAUUGCCUCAUUGCUUUUAACCUUUAAAAGCAGCCUUAACCAGUCUGGGGUUCUUUGGACAGGUAGUAAAACAACUCUCACCAUCUCCAGCCAGUGUAGUUCCAUCCAUCCAGAGGGUCCCAGGCUGGCAAAGGCUGCUUUGAAACUAUUAGUUUGGCAUUUUGUCACUGAUGAGAAAGUGCAGAAUGCUGUACUUGGCAGUCCAGGAUAAGCCAGUGAGCUGACAGGACUUAGUACAUAAGAGGCCAUCUGCUGCUUAUUUGAGGCUUAAGACUGGGCCAUGUCUAGCCUGCACUGUGUAAGCGCUAAAGAAAACCUGCCAAGAAAUGUGCAAGAAAACCUUCCCUUUGGACAUGCCCACAAGAAUAAAUGUCUAAAGAAGAGCAGUUCUUCCUCACCACAGGAAAUAUGAAAACUUCAGUUACCAAAAUCAGUGCGUUCCUGGACAAGACUUCUUAAGAGAAAAUGAGGUUACCAAAGCCAAAAAUAACAUAGGGACAAUUGGAAGAAGGCCUUACACCACCAAAAGGAAAAGCAAUUUAACAAAUAUGUUUCAGCAAACCUUUUAUUCAAAACUAACAAGAGGCCUGUGUGUAGUGAAACAACUAAGUCAGGUGAAGCUUUGCAUAAGUAGACAAAAAGAGACCAUUUGAAGGCUUCUUCCAAAAUGUAUCCAGGACUGACUUUUCUUUUCCUCAGUGGGGCAGAUGUGGUAGUGGCAUUUUGCUGAUCAGCUUAUCUUGGCAUGAGAAAGAGCUGGCAUCUGAGUUUAGCACUGCCCUUUUAGCAGAGGUAAAGGGAGGCAACGCAGCGGUGCGGGAAAUGCAGCCUUGACGCUAUCACUAAGUAGCACACCUCUCUCUACUUGGAACUGGAAGUGCACCUGACCCCUUAAGCUCCCAGCUUGCGUUGCUUUGUCUGCUCCCUUAUCAAGGCAGCAUCCAGGCCAGUUUCAUCACUAGUCGUAGAUUAGGCAAAGGUUGGUCAGAUGGUAGGAGAUGGAAAGUCAGGUGCUUCCUUUUGAAGGAGGUGAAACGGCUGGCUUCUUUUGCCCAGUUCUUGGCAUGGCUUUGCAUACGCUUCCCUGACCUUAUAGGACAAGCAAAUACUGGAUAAGAGCCUUGGCACGGAGAAGUCCAAGGCGAGUGGAAACCCUUCCUCUUGAAAAUGCCAGUAGGUCCACUCAGUGCCACUUUGUCUUUGACAGUUAAGUCAAGUGUGAAGCAUUGGCAUGGGAGAUGUGCUCGCCGGCUUUGCCGUCUCUCAGCAUAAACGGAGGUGAGAGGAGCUGUGCGGGCAGGAGAGGGGAAUUCCCCAGAUCAGCAGCUACUUUUGAAGGCAAGGCAGAGGGGAUAAUGCCCCACAGACUCACUUAGGGAUAGCCGUUCCACUGAGUGCCCCCUCCUUGUGAAGGCCAUCAUAUGUCUUGCCUGCCAACCUUUGGUCCCCCCCCCCCCCCGGGCUGGCAGACAAUACAAUGGGAGGCCAAUACAGCUGGAGGCAGCAGAUUCCAAGGAGCUGCUGUAGAGGAAGAUUCUCCCUUGGGAGGAGAUGAUCUUUUAUGAAUGUACCCAAUGGGUAUCACCUUCUCCCAUCACUGGUUGUCCCAAAAAUGCAUGUUGAGCUUUGAGUUCCAAAGCAACAUUUUCUCUGUGUGUUUUUCUGUUACCAAUUUUGCCACAGCACACCUUUGGAGUAAGAGUUUACUGCCUUUGAGGUGAAAAAUGGGCUUGGCUUGGGCUUUCUUCCACAAAUGCAGGAACCUGUCCAGGGAGAGAAGAAUUUCUUCUGAAAGUGUCGAGGGCAGUGCACUGAUCUAUUUUGGGGGUCCUGUGUUCAACUGUUAUAGCCAAUCUUGCCACCUGUAAUGUGUGUGUUCUCAUUUUCCCAGUGCGCUCUUCUGCUGUUAUCAUGGUUUUGUUUUGCUCCCCCCCCCCCCUUUUUAAUCAGUAUUAUAUAAAUGUAAAUAUUAUGCACUGGUGUACAUAAAUUUUACUAAAAUUUA